AUGGCUUCAGCUUCACCAUGCAAAUCGCGAAAUCCGAUCGCACUCGGAAACUUCUUCUGCUUCCUUGCAUUAACCGCCACGGCUUUCCUUUCUCUGCCAACACUCGCUUCAACCAACAACUUCGAUCUCGCAAACAAAGCCCUCAGCCUCGAUGCCACCAUCACCGCUGCACCAGAUCCAAGCCUCGUGAACCUCAGGCUUUACCCUCGACAAACCGCUACUGGCUCUACUGGCCUUGGCACUUCCGCUACUCCUGAAGGUCGCGAUGCUUGUUCCGCUCUUUACUCGGUCUACAGUUGGUGUUCGACGUCUGGCUUCACAAACCUAGCCGGAACCUCGGCCCUCGCAUCGUGUGCCUGUUACUACAAUAAGUCAUACGUUCCCCAGAUAUUCGAUGGCCUUGCGACAUCAUGUUACGAUUACAUCCGUUCCAUCCGGCCAGAGGCUACAGAAGGUGUAGCUCAAUAUCUAAAUGUCUGCUACCUCGCCGGUGACAUUAGUAAAUCUGCCACGAUCGGUUCAUUGGCAUGCAAUACUUUAGCCUCGGUACUAAAUUCCUGUGGAGCUCGUACCCCGAAAUCAUCGGAUUAUGUCUUCUCAGGAAGCAGUUCGCUCGCAGAUUGUGCUUGUUACAAUUCUCGGACCAAAUUCGCGCCUGAUGGAUUCGAUCAUCUCGCUUCCGCUUGUUAUACUUAUGCCCAGAACCAAGCCGGCCAAGGAGAUCAAAUCUCCACCCUUCUCGACUUUUGUGGUACGGUUGGAGAUGUGCGACUUUCGGCUUCGCAAGCAUUGAAGCAAUGCCAAUUAUUCGACGACCAAUAUGGGGCAUGCGAAUCGGCAUAUUCUGGAGGAAAGUUUGGUACUCUAACAGCAAGCCUCCAAGCAAGCUGUUUAUGCUAUGGCGCAAGAGCAAGCUGGGUCCCCGGAAUCAUUGACGGAGCAGCCAAAACCUGCGUUGGCUAUCUCUCAACCGCGAACCCAGCAAGGGCGAAGUCACUCGUAGCCUAUGCAGACGGCUUCUGUGAGGGGUUCGGUAAUUUGAGAAGUUCAACUUCCACUAGUGCUGAACCCGAAAUCACGACAACCCUACCUCCGUCCACGAUCGCGACAUCGAUAAACUCAAGCACAACCGAGUCAGUUUCCACUGCCGCCCCUAGCCGAACUCAAUCGACCGAAUCGAGCGAGGCGAGCAGUGGAACGAGUAUUGGAACAAGUCUACCGAUCCCCACUGGUACGGGCCUCGGUGUCAAUGCAGGUCCAUGUCUUACCACCUCAAGCCUUUACAUCCUCACAGCCGUGAUUCUAUCUAUCUUAACCACCCUGUUCGCGGACCUAUAA